UACAUAAACUGCUACCACAGCUCUCUCUCCCAACGAUACCCAAGCCCAACUGAACCCUCAUCCUUUCGGACUCAAACCGUUACCAAAAUCUCUCUCUGAGAUCAGAGCCAGCGACCCGUCGGAAUCUUCACGCUCGGAAUGCCACCGAGUCAAGCACCAAUCAGAGACUUAGAAACUCAUUAAUAGCGAAGGGAGCAGUUCGCCGAUGAUUCCAGAGCGGCGCCUUCGAGCUUCCUCUAUAUUGGCACCGUUAAGCAGAGCCACAACUCCACGAGUAGCGACGCCAUGAGCAGAGCGAUGCCGGAAGUGAACCGGUCGCCAUACUAGAAACUCAAAUCGAUCAAGAGAUCGGAUUGGUAUAGGCCAAGUCCCGAGUUGCAACCAUUUCCGCCGAUCGCGAAACCGCCACCGCCUCAGACCCUCGAUUCGCCGUCGCCGAUGACAUCUUGAGUUCUUCCAAUCCACCGCCAUGAGUUUCAUCUUUGGCAAACGAAAAACACCUGCAGUGAUCACGGUGGUGAAGAUGUUGACAAAGUUUGAGACAAAGAGUAAUAGAGUGAAGGGACUGAGCUUCCACACUAAGAGGCCAUGGAUCCUCGCGAGUCUGCACAGUGGUGUGAUCCAACUAUGGGACUACCAUAUGGGGACUCUUACUGAUUUCCACAAAUCAGAGCCUCUCUUUGUGUCUAGAGGCAUGAACUUCUUCUUAUUGAAGCCUUAUGAGAAGAAUUAGAAGAAGAGAUGGCUAAGGACCCCACUGUAUGUGUAAUGGGUGAAGAUGUGGGUCGCUAUAGAGGAUCGUACAAGGUGCCUGGCUGAUAAGGAUGGGGAUCUCAGGGUUCUUGAUACUCCAAGCACAUUUGAAAUGAAACUUGGAUUGUUAAUUAUGUAUUCUUCUGUUUGGUUUCUCUGUAACUUUCAAUUUGUACUCGCUACCAAGAUAUACAAUUGCUCGCGGCAUUGAUGUUUUAAUAACAAAAGGUGCUAAUUCUAUGCCACAA